GAUAACCCGGCCCUAGUCCCUUCGCGAGAGAAGGCAAAAGGGGGGCUGCGGCCUUUGCCUGCUGCAGGGCCGCGCGGGAGACAAAACUUCUCCGUUGCCCCCGAGGAGCAGCCGCCGGGAGACUCCCACCAGCCGCCCCAGCAUCCCGCCCCCGCUGUCCAUCCAUCUCCCGCGGGAUCCGGAGAGAGGAAGCCAAGGCCGGGGAGCGGAGUCCAAGCGGAACUUGCGACCCUCCCCCGCGCGGAGUCCCGGGGCGCAGAGGAGUCGGCGGGGCGGGAGGGGUGUCUGCCGGGAGGCGCCUCCUCCAUCUGCUGCGUGGGGAAAGAGCCAAGGCGAAGCAAGAGCUGCGUGUGCAGGGAGUGCCCGGGAUCGGACUGCAAAGGGCGCUGCCUCCUAGCCCGGGGGGCAGCUCGGGCCCUUGGCCAAGCUGCGGCCCGGCGCCGCGCAAAGUGCAAGAAAGUCGGGAAAAGUUUCUGCCCGUCGAGGUCUCCCCGCCGUGCCGCUGCCUGCCGGGCGUGUGACACGCAGCACCGCUGCAGUGGGAGGAGGGCCGGGCUGGGACCUCCCUCCAGCGCAGGAGGAGACUCAACCCGUGCUUUUUGCGGGCUGGGUUGCAUCGCACCCACCCUUGAUUUGCAACUUUCCCCCCGGCCACCCUUCGGUUCCCCAGCAGCUGGAGGAGGCUGCUCCCCGUCGGGGUAUGUGCGGGCAGCGGCGGGAUGGCCUCGGCCGUGUUUGAGGGCACCUCUCUGGUGAACAUGUACGUGAGGGGCUGCUGGGUGAACGGCAUCCGGAGACUCAUCAUCAAUCGGCGCGGGGACGAGGAGGAGUUCUUCGAGAUCCGCACCGAGUGGUCGGACAGGAACGUUCUCUACUUGCACCGGAGCUACUCGGACCUGGGCCGCCUCUUCAAGAGGCUGCUGGACUCCUUCCCGGAGGAUCGCCCCGAGCUGUCACAGUCCCCCCUGCUCCAAGGACUAAUCACAAUAAAAGAGGCCCGUGAUAUAGAAGCCAGGCUUAAUGAAGUGGAGAAGCUUCUGAAGAUUAUUAUAAAUAUGCCUUGGAAAUAUUCUAGAUCUGAAGUUGUCCUUACCUUCUUUGAAAGAUCUCCGUUAGAUCAAGUGUUAAAAAAUGACAAUGUCCAUAAAAUUCAACCAAGCUUUCAGAGUCCGGUUAAAAUAUCAGAAAUCAUGCGAUCUAAUGGAUUUUGUUUAGCAAACACUGAAACAAUAGUUAUUGACCACAGUAUACCAAACGGAAAAGACAAGCACCUGGAUGUAGAUUCAGCAGAGCACUUGUUUGAAACCGUUAGUGAGUUUACUUCAGAGCUAGAAGACACUGAUGAUCCAGCAGCCUAUGUCACCAACUUGACAUAUUACCACCUGGUCCCAUUUGAGACGGAUAUUUUGGACUGAGGCUUUCCAGGGACCCAGUCAGCUAGCAUCCAACUGAUUUCUUUGCUCAUAGACUCUGCUUUCCCAUUGCUCUUCUAUGAAUAAAGCUGUGUGAUUAAAAACAGCAGAGAAGUUGCUGCAGAUAUGCCAUGAAACUGAUUUUGCAGCUUAGCCCUUCAUUGUGACUCAAGGAGGCACCUUGCAAGGAAGUAACUGCUUCAAGAAACUCCUUUUUCCCUGAACGGAAUGUAGCAAGAUCUUAGGGCUACUUGGAUCCAAGGAAAUCAUUUUGGCAAAGGCCAUGGCAACCACUACAGUGACAGAACCAUAAGCGAUCAUUCUGUCGUUUGGCCCCAGUGGUCACUGGUAUACAGUGCAACUUGUACAAAAGACUACCCUUAUUAGCAGCUUCCUGUCUUAAAACGUCACAACAAAAUAUCCCCAGAUGUACCGAGUACACUUCCACUCCACCUUUAUUAGAAGACCACCUCUGUUAAGCAGUCAACGUUUGUCAGUCCCUUUAUGUGGUCACUUAAGACAGAUCCCAUAGUUUGCUGUGUGUUCAGCUGUGAGAUGACAGGUGCCUUACAUAUAAUGUUACAAAUACCAUAGAGUGCCUACAGGAAACCAAUGCACAAUCUGAUUACUUUACCUCUGUUAAUCCUUGGGUGUUGGUUAAUCAUCCGAGAGCUGACUUCUUUCCUUUCCUUUCCUGAAAUAGGAGAGCAAACUGGCAUUGCAAUGGAAAGCUUAUAAUGCUGCAGUACCUUGAAUUACUUCGGAGUUCUGGAAAGCCGAUAGGAAGGCUAAACUGCCUUGCUAAGAAUGGUCAGUGCAUGCCAGGCACUUGGAUCUGUUUUUUCUCUUGGAUCAGGAAAUCUGAGCAGUGCUUGCAGUUGUUUACACAAGAUGGAUAAUUACCUUUGCGUAUUACUUUCCAGAGAAUGGGGAGAUUUAAGCCCUGUAGGGACUGAGAAUUAAAGAUAAACUACAGUGUAUUUUACGAGGACAGGAUAAAAGAAACCACCCCAGCUCAGAUAGUCUGCUUAACCCACCCCCAUAGACCUAAUGGGCCUGAUUCUGAUCUUGCCUACACUGGUUUCAUACCAAUGAAAUUCUAUUCACCUCAAUGGAGUUACGCCAGUGUAAGAGAGGGCAGUGUCAGACCCCAAAGGCUCUUUACUACUGAGUAGUGCAACGUUAACCUCUCUUAGAGCUCAAUCUUGUAAGUUGCUGAGCACCCUGAAUUCCCAAUAUGAGCUCAACACCCUGCAUGAUCAGGCCCUGACCUUUCAUCAAGCAUUUAAUGUAGUAAUGGCCAGAAUUAAUUUAAAGAGAGAUGAACUGAGAAGAGUGCAUUUUGAGCUGGUUAUCUGUACAAUAGCUUUGCCUUGGUUCUGAAGAACUUGGCACAGCUCCUCUCCUGUAUACUCUUCAGUGCUCUUUGUAUAAUAACAGUAAACAGAAUUUGCUAAUGUACAUAAUAAAUUAUUGAGAAUCCUAAUUCCUUUACACGGUAUGUUUUUAAAAUAUAUAUUUAAUGAAAUAAAAUUACUCACCUUAAAUAUGAUAGCUUCAUUUAAA